AUGGCCGUCAUCAAUCAGUUGUUGACCGAGGUCACUCACAUCGUCGCCCGCGCCGCCGCUCCCGAGGACUCGUCCUCAACCACAACCUCCAGCGCCAGCGCCCAGACGAGCGAGACCGAAAACCGCGACAACAAUAACAGCAAUAAUGGGUCUAGCUCACCUCUUUUAUUCUUUGUUGCCCUCGGCUUCGGUGUCGUGUUUACGAAUUUAUGGAUUAUUGUCGGUGUCAAGUACUGCUUCCGAUACAACGCUCGGAACCGCGCGAUGCGAAUGAACGAAGACGGCGAGCCCAUCACCCUCGAAAACAUGCCUCGGCCUCAUCGUCGACGUCGCGAGAAGAAGUUGAUGACGAUGGACGAGGUGAACGACAAGUUCCCCAUGAUGAAAUACAAGACAUGGGUCUCCGAUCGUGCGAGGGAGGGUCUUCCCACCACUGGCGGCGUUUCGGCUCCCCCGACCCGACCCAACAGCAUACGAGAAGCCGAUGGAAUUGUGCCAGACUUUUCAGCCAAGGAACGCGACUCGACCGAUGGACGACCAUCUACCAGUGCCGUGGCGAGGGGUGAAGGUGAAGCAACGGGAGCAAACAAUACAACCGAGACACCGGCACCUACUACCGCUGCGGCUGUAGUAGCUGACGAGAAGCCCAAGGAUGAGAAGCCUAAAGACGAGAAACCAAAGGAAACUACAGCCACCCCUGCCGAGGCUGGCCAGACCUCUACUGAGCAGACAACAAACAACAAUCAGCUUCAGCGAAUUUCGAGUGAGGAUACGGAUGAUGACGACGACCACAUCGAUGGUGCCCUGCCACCCGAGUGUUUGGAGGCCCCCGGUGACACCUGUGCUAUUUGCAUUGAUACACUGGAGGAUGAUGACGACGUUCGUGGACUGACUUGUGGUCACGCCUUCCACGCCGUCUGUCUUGACCCAUGGUUGACGAGCCGCCGAGCCUGCUGCCCGCUCUGCAAGGCCGACUACUAUGUCCCCAAGCCUCGACCUGUUCCCGAAGCCUCGAACGAUGCCAACGCCAACAACGGAUCCAGCUUUGAUCCCCGGAACAACCCUCGCUUCAACCUUCCUGCCGCGAUUCGCUCUGCUUGGGUUCGGGGUCCUCGUAAUGCACAAAACGCAACUCCGACCCCAGAAGCGCCCCAACGCCGGCGAUCUGAGGGAAGACCUGAGGGUACAGAGCAGGCCACACAACCUGAUCAGACUCAGCAGAGUCCGGAAGCUACUCGGGCGUCAAAUGGCGGAGUGCUGUCAUCCGUACGCGGCGCCUUCCGCUUCGGUCGACGACGACAAGAGCAGCCUCCUAGUCAGAACAACGGCGCUGCCGAGACUGUAACACCAUCACAACUUGAGGCGGCAAAUCGUCCCGCGGCUGCUGCUCAAUAA